CCUUCUCUCCUCUCUUUUUCUUUCUCUCUCUCCUUCCUUCCUUUCUUUCUUUCCUUCUUUCUUUCAUCUCUCUGAUCUAAGAUCGUUCCUGUCCAUAUUCAUAACUGAAUAGACUGGGACAUUACUGGGAGAGUGGAGAAACUCAUUCACUUGCUGCCGUGGAGAGCCAGCCCUGUUGGUGCUGUGAUUAAAACACACUCCUAGAGGAGCUAGAGGAGCUUAUCCUUUAGUGGGGGGACAGACAUGUCCAUGCACAGAUAAUGCUCAGGCAGUAUGAUAAGGGUCAUGUGAGCUGUUGGGGGAAGGACGGCUGUCUUUGUGUUGCCUGGAGAUGGUGGUAGCAGCCACAGCAAGGGGGAAUGACAGAUGAUUGAUGCCUUGCAGGUGAGGAGAUAGUCUCCAAACUGAGAGUGAGGGGUCAUCACGGGCACAUAUGAUGGAGAUGGAAUUGCACAAGGUGUGAGCAGCAGAAUGACAGGAUGUUCUGUAUGGUUAGAGCCCAGAGUAUGUUGGAAGCAGAAAAGAUUUCUGGAGAAGUUUUUACUUAGCAGUUAUAAAUGGAGACGGAGUAUCUUCAAAAGAAUCUUGGGACAUGUCUAACUCAAGGGCUUGCAGAAGUGGCAAGGAUGCGGCCAGUGGAUCCAAUAGAAUAUUUGGCAUUGUGGAUUUACAAGUAUAAAGAAAAUGUGACCAGGGAGCAACUGAGACAAGAGGAAAUGGCCCAGUUGGAGCAUGAAAGACAAAUAGCUCUGAUGGAGCAGGAAAUGAUGGAGAGACUUAAAGCAGAAGAGCUCCUAUUUCAGCAGCAACAGCUGGCAUUCCAGCUGGAGUUGGAAAUGCAAGAAAAAGAGAGACAGAGAAUAGAAGAACUGCAGAGAGCUCAAGAACAAUUUGAGAGGGAAUUGAGAAUGAACAUGGAAAAUAUAGCUAAGGGUGAAGAUACCUUACAUGGAGAGGACAGAGCCGACUCAGGCAAAACACUGGCUGAAAUCAGUGAUCGUUACGGGGCACCUAACUUGAGCAGAGUGGAAGAACUUGAUGAACCAAUGCUAUCUGAUGUUGCAUUAAACAUUGAUCAAGAUUUGUAGAAUCAACCAACCUAAGAACAAUAAAUUUUUCUUGUUUCAAA